AUGACAACAAACAGAAAGACUAUAGUUUGGUUCAGAAGAGAUCUAAGGAUCGAGGAUAACCCUGCACUAGCAGCUGCAGCUCGGGAAGGAUCAGUCUUUCCUGUUUUCAUUUGGUGUCCUGAAGAAGAAGGUCAGUUUCAUCCAGGAAGGGCUUCAAGAUGGUGGAUGAAACAAUCUCUUGCUCACUUGAAUCAGUCCUUGAAGGCUCUUGGUUCCCACCUCACAUUUAUCAAAACACAUAACACUGUUUCCGCUCUCUUGGACUGUAUCCGCGCCACUGGUGCCACUAAAGUCGUCUUUAAUCACCUCUAUGAUCCUGUGUCACUAGUUAGGGACCAUAACGUGAAGGAGAAACUUGUGGAACGUGGGAUCUCUGUGCAAGGCUACAACGGAGAUCUAUUGUAUGAGCCUUGGGAAAUAAACUCCGAAAACGGCAAACCUUUCACGAGUUUUGCCCCAUACUGGAAGAAAUGCUUAGACAUGUCAGUUGAAUCCGUUAUGCUUCCUCCUCCUUGGCGUUUGAUGCCUCUAUCCGCAGCUGAAGGCGUGUGGGCAUGUUCAAUAGAAGAGCUAGGGCUAGAGAACGAGGCAGAGAAACCAAGCAACGCGCUGUUAACUAGAGCUUGGUCACCAGGUUGGAGCAAUGCUGAUAAGAUACUAAACGAGUUCAUCGAGAAACAGUUGAUAGAUUACGCAAAGAACAGCAAGAAAGUAGUUGGGAAGUCGACCUCAAUGCUCUCUCCCUAUCUCCACUUCGGGGAAGUAAGUGUGAGACGUGUUUUUCAGUGUGUCCGUAUGAAAAAAAUCAUAUGGGCGAGAGAUGAGAACAGUGAAGGUGAAGAGAGUGCAGAUCUUUUCCUUAGAGGGAUCGGUCAGAGAGAGUAUUCUCGUUAUAUAUGUUUCAACUUCCCUUUUACUCACGAGCAGUCUUUGUUGAGUCAUCUUCGUUUCUUCCCUUGGGAUGCUGAUGUUGACAAGUUCAAGGCGUGGAGUCAAGGGAGGACUGGCUAUCCGUUGGUGGAUGCCGGGAUGAGGGAGCUUUGGGCUACUGGAUGGAUGCAUAAUAGGAUAAGAGUCAUUGUUUCGAGCUUUGCUGUGAAGUUUCUUCUACUUCCAUGGAAAUGGGGGAUGAAAUAUUUUUGGGAUACUCUUUUGGAUGCUGAUUUGGAGUGUGACAUCAUUGGGUGGCAGUAUAUCUCUGGGAGCUUACCUGAUGGCCACGAGCUUGAUCGCUUAGACAAUCCCGCGAUACAAGGCGCAAAAUAUGAUCCAGAAGGCGAGUACAUAAGGCAAUGGCUUCCCGAGCUGGCGAGAAUGCCAACGGAAUGGAUCCAUCAUCCAUGGGACGCUCCUUCAACUGUACUCAAAGCUUCUGGAGUGGAGCUCGGAGCAAACUACGCGAAACCCAUUGUAGACAUCGACACAGCUCGUGAACUACUUACCAAAGCCAUAUCAAGAACUCGUGAUGCACAGAUCAUGAUUGGAGCAGCGCCUGAUGAGAUUGUAGCUGAUAGCUUCGAGGCCUUAGAAGAAGGGAAGAACUUGGAAGAUUCUUCUGAUCAAAUUACUUAA